CUCUCAUUCUGCAACUGCAGGAAGAUGGCGACAGUCGGAGAGAGCGGAGAGCAGCCGUUCCCAGCUGACCACGGGGACCCAGACAAUAAAAAAGACUUUAAUGUGGAAAAUCUGAGUAAGCCGGAACUGCGUUUUCUUUUAAGUAUAUUGGAAGGAGAAUUGGAAGCAAGAGACCUUGUGAUAGAAGCCUUAAGGGCACGAAGGAAAGAUGUUUUUGUGCAAGAAAGAUAUGGAAGGUUUAAUCUUGGUGACCCGUUCUUGGCUCUUCAGCGAGACUUUGAAGCAGGAGCUGUUGGUAAAGACAAGAAACCAAUCUGUAACAAUCCUCUUACCAUUCUGGAGGCAGUUAUGGCCCACUGCAGAAAAAUGCAAGAGCGGAUGACUGCACAGUUAGCAGCUGCAGAACGAAGACAAAGAAAGCUUGAGUCAGAAAAGAAACAGCUACAAAAUUUAGAGCAGGAGCACAAGAAGUUACUGGCACGGCUUGAGGAUGAACGUUUAAAAAAUAAACACGUGGUUCUGGUCCUGGUAAAAGAAUGCAAACUCUUGUCUGGUAAAAUAGUAGAAGAUGCUCAAAAGCUUGAUGAGGUUAUGUCAAAACUAGAGGAAGAAAAGAAAAAGACUGCCGAUCUGGAGGAAGCAUUAACUGCUGAAAAACAGCACCGCUCGCAAAUGGAAGCACAGAUGGAGGCUCAAAUAGAAAAACAACUUGCAGAGUUUGACACUGAGAGGGAGCAGCUUCGUGCCAAACUUUGUCGAGAAGAAGCACACGCCAAAGAACUACAAGAUGAAGUAGACCGAAUGAAAAAGAUAAUUGAGCAAUUGAAGCUGUCAAAAGAAAAUGACAGUAAACCAAACAUCCCCCUUCUACGCAAAAGCAAAGAUAAGCACUCGGUUUCUGUGGGCACGGGAACCAGGUCUGUUUCAUGUCAGACAAACACCUUAGUAGUUGAAAGUGAUUCUGAAAGUAUUAAGAAAUCUCCAUUGACUGUGCCGGUCAAGCCGUCAGUAGUUAAUCAUGUUAUUGCAGGCAAUACAAAAAUCAAUGUGUGCGCAAAUUCAGCAUUUGUAAAAGCAGGUGUAGAUAGGCAAACUUCCCACAAUGAUUCAUUAAUUGGUCUUCCCACUACUCACGGAGUAUCUCCAAAUAAUAGAAAAACAGAGGAGAAUGGGUCUUCUAAAGACCUCUUCCCAAACAAUGCACUUUGCACUUCCCCAGCUUCUCCAAGCUAUCUUUCCCAGUCUAUGCAGAGUUUACAUUCACACUGUACUAAUACUGGAAUAAAUUCAGGUCUUAGCCCACGCAUACAAGCUGCCAAAUUUAAAUUUCAGGCUAAUGCCAAUGAGCAUGACCAAAAUGGAAAUACAACUCAGACUCCUCAAACAAGAGAAUUAUCCCCUAACAGUCGUGAUAAUUUAGUUGCUAAGCAGAUGGCAAGGAAUACUGUGACCCAAGUCCUUUCUAGAUUUACAAGUCCUCAGGGUGGUGCACAAUUAAGACCUGGGUAUUCACACCCUAUGGAAACUGGCACCUAUCCUCCAGUUGCUGGGAGAAUUGGCCACCCGUCUCUCAAUUUGAAAUCUACUUCAGUAUCAAGAGUUGAUAGAGGUAACCCUCCACCCAUUCCACCAAAAAAACCUGGACUUUCACAAACGCCAUCUGCGCCACAUCCUCCGCUAAAGCCAGCCUCAAACAUAGCAGGGAAAGGUGAAAACAGACCCAUAACUUCAGCUCCCUCCAGUUCAGCACAUGGAAUCAGGGUAUUAAAUGAGGAAACUGUAUCUAAAUCCUCAUCGCCUCAGCUGCCACCAAAACCGUCAAUAGAUAUACCUGUGGCAUCUGCAGGCUGUGUCAUACCAGCCCUAGGCACAUCACAGGUGGGUGCUUGGCCUUCCUUGUCCCCUGGAUGGAAAGAACCUGCAUGUUCCGAACAUUCCCUUGUCAUUCCCACAACCAUUGCCUGUAACUCCUCCAUAAACCCUGUUAGUGCCUCAUCAUGUAGACCAUGUGAUUCAGACAGCCUCCUGGUAACAGCAUCAGGCUGGUCUCCCUCCCUAACUUCCUUGCUAACAAGUGGUGGCCCUGUAACCCUGGGAGACAGGACCACCCUUCUUCACCAAGCUGCUGCCCAGGGAAAUGUCACUUUAUUGUCAAUGCUGCUUAAUGAAGAAGGACUGGAUAUAAAUAACUUUUGUAAAAAUGGUCAUUCUGCCUUGUAUACUGCUGCUGAGAAUGGACAUUCAGACUGUGUAAAAUUGCUGCUGACGUCAGGAGCACAAGUAGAUGCUACUGUUUCAAAUGGCUUUACUGCUUUGUGCACUGCAGCUGCUCAGGGACAUUCCAAGUGUACAGAAAUAUUAAUUGCAUAUAAUGCUGACAUCAACUAUGUUGGUGGAGGACAGAUCCCUUUAUAUCUGGCUUGUAAAAAUGGGAAUUGUGAAAUUGUUAAACAAUUGCUGGAAGCUGGAGCUGAUCGAACUAUAUCAAAUAAUGAUGGAUGGACAUCAAUUCAUGCAGCUGUGGAUUCCGGAAAUGUCGACUGUCUCAAACUUCUUAUGUAUUAUGGAGUUUCAAGCAAUGGAUGUCUCCCCAAUCACACUGAUGAUUUUGAUUUGAAAUGUCCUGACUUUAAGAACAAAGAGAGUGCAUCUUUCAAAAAAUGUAAACCUGUUAUUUCUGCUGCACUUAUCAAUUGUGCAGACAAAGAUGGAUGGACAGCUGCUCAUAUUGCUGCAUCCAAAGGAUUCAAGGACUGUCUGGAAAUCCUGUGUAGCCACUUUGGGCUGGAACCUGAAAGACAAGAUAACUGGGACCGGACAGUGCGUGAUGUGGCAACGGAUGACUGCAAACACCUCCUAGAGAAACUGAAUUCACUCAGGAUCCCCAUAAAUAUUUUGUUGGAUGAAAAUGUUCAGGUCGACUACAGCACAAAUGAUUUGGAAAGUGUGGACACCUGUUCCAUAUAUAUCCACAAACAUACAACGUGGGAUGACUUCUCCAUAUUAGUGAGCCGGGCUGUUCUGAACCAUUUUGCCACAGUUGUCUCUGAUGGAUGGGAAAGCCAAGAGGAGCUGACAUUCAGUAACACAACAGAAUCCAGCAUUGGAGCUAUUAAUGACCUGUCAUUCAGACUAGGAAAUACCUCCUGGGCAGUUGGUCAGAUUUUUCUCCAGCCGCCUUGGGAAUUCCUAAAGAUGAGCAAAAUUGACAAAAUAACAGUUUUAAUACCAGGUCCAAAGGAUGGUUGUCUUAAUAGUGUGGCUUAUGCAUCAAUGAUCCCCCUCCAGACACUGCAAAACUUCCUUCGCUUGGUCGAGCAGUAUCACAAUGUAAUCUUCCAAGGGCCAGAAGGAAGUUUACAGGAGUACAUAGUGCAUCAAUUAGCAGAUUGCAUGAAGCAAAAAGAAGAGGCUACUGGAUACAGAUGUGAAAUUGUAAAGAUUGAAGUUGAACCUCAGUUAACAAAAGAGCAACUUGCAGAAGUAUUUAUUAAUUCAGGGUGCUUAAUUCCUGCUAUGGAACCAGCUCCAUUAAAAAAGAAAAUCAUUAUUAUAUUGGAAAAUUUAGAAAAGGCUUCAUUGUCGGAAUUACUUGGGGAUUUUAUGGCAGCUUUAGAGAACCGUGGCUGUGACAACGUUUACUGCUUUCAGAGAGAAAAUGGUGUGUCAGAUGCCUAUUACUUCCAUGAAGAUUGCUUUGUGAUGGGAACAAUUGCAAGGUCUCGUCUGCAUGGUUCAGAACUCAUAGUUCAGCAACAUUUCCGUUGGGUUCAGUUGAGGUGGGAUGCAGAACCCAUGCACAGCCUGCUACAGAAGUUUUUGAAGAGGAAUGUUGUAUGCAAGUUCAAAGAGAAGAUGCCUUCCCCAACUGAUCCAGUCUCUAAAGGCAUAGAAUGGGUAUGUGCCGUGUGGCAGCAGCUCAACUCCUGCUUGUCUCGCCUGGGCACCCCUGAAGCUCUCAUCGGUCCAAAGCAUUUCUUGUCUUGUCCAGUAGUCCCAGGGAACGCACAAAUAAUUGUAAAAUGGAUGUCCAAAUUAUGGAAUGCAGUUAUUGUUCCAAAAGUACAAGAAGCAAUACUUUCCAUAGCAUCAGUAAAGAGGCCUUCCAUGAUUGGGCCUGUCUCCUCCACCAAAGCUCCAAGCCAGGGUCAGCAAGCUGUGGUCAAAGCUGCGCUUAGUAUUCUCCUGAACAAGGCUGUCCUGCAUGGCUGUCACCUUACUGGAAAUGACCUGGAGCAAUUCAUGGUGGAUUUCAAAGGAGGUAAUUUCCCCUUGUCCUUUGGUUCUUCAUAUAAAUCAGGAGGAAAUAAAAAGGGGGAGAAUGGAGCAUGGAGGAAAGUCAGUACAAGUCCACGAAAGAAGACAAACAAUCUGUCAUCUCCAUCUUGGAAUUAUAAUGAAGGAAAACACAAAGGAGACUCUUCUAAGAAUGAAACAAAGCUAAGAACAAAUUCAUCGCUAACUAGAAAGCCGAGACAUUUGGAGAGUAAUAAGCCUCGGAUAUUAAACAUGGAACCAAGACUGUCCAUUGGUUCUGAUGAUGAAGUGGAUCUUGUAAAAGAGUUGCAGACAAUGUGUUCCAGCAAGUCAGAACCAGAUAUCAGCAAGAUUGCAGACAUGGAUAAAUGUUUGGUAAUAUUUAAAAGUCCUGCAAAAGACAAGAUUACUGCACCAGUUAACAAACCGUCUUCCCAAAAGCCACAUAAAAAUGGGACCUGUCCUCUCAGCAGCAGUCAAACUUCAGAAUGCAGCAACCAAAAAACAAAACCAGAACAGGGAACUGCAAAAGUCAAAUCUUUACUUCCUGUUCCUCGAAAUAAAGGUACUCCAAGUCAACAAAAAAGCAGCAGUAAUACAAGGCAAAAUGAGAAGAAUGACUCUAAAGAUGAGAUUUGAAGAUUGCACAAAAAUACAGAAAUAAGCAAAAAAAAAAAGAGAAAAAUGUAUGCUCUUUAAUUGUGAGGUACUCGAAGCACAUUGCCGACUUGCAAUGCACUGCGAGAUUCUCUAGCAUUUAAGGCGUGAAAAUGUAAUACCUACAAAUAGCAUUAUAUAUGUAUAUAUAUGAAAAAAGGCAUUUCUCUGUAUUAUAAUAUGUAUAUGGGGCCACAGAUAUUUUAUGUGUAAAUAUCUUGUUUAUAAUGUGUUGAUGUUAAAGUUGUUAUAUGAACUAUUAUAUUAUUGGAAACUGUACUUAUGUUGUAUAAACACUAUUAUUUCUUUUGUAAAACAGACUGGUUUUGCCAAACCUGUUACAGAUAAUUAAUUGUCUGUGGCACUUCCACAGAAAAUAUGUAUGUAUAUUCAAUGAAAUCCAUGUGUUCUAUUGAGUGCUCUAACCUAUUUAGUAUGUACAAUAUUGUUUUGCAUAAAAUUUACAUGCACCUAUAAAGUAUUUGUAAAAAUUAAAUACUGGCAAAGCAGCGUGGCAAUAACUCAUAAACACGAACAAAUGCACCUUUUUCACAAGCCAUACGUAUUCCGUUGACUGUUCUUUUGACCUUCCUAAAGAUAUUUUGCUUCUUGUGUAAUGCAUUUCUGAUCUUUUUUUUGCUUGUUUUAUCAUUACUUCUGUAGCAGAAGGAUCCUUAAUGCAAUAAACACAAUGACUUUA